AAGUUUCGACCAUACUAUCGGUGGAUGUGCGCCAUUAGGUUUUGAGAUGGAAUCAAAAGACGAGACAGCAGUUAAAAGGGAAGGCAUUGCAGAACCUCAAAUCCACAACACACAAGAGCGGCUGACCAUACUAUGGGUAACUAAAGCCAAGAGAACAGAUGUAUGGUGCGAUUCACCGUUGAAGACCUCGGCAUCUUGUGGUCCUGAUGCUGUCACUGCUGCUGCUGCUAUAGACGGAAGGAGAACCCAGCUGAUGCCGCUUGGCGUAUAUAUGGAAGGAGUGGAGAUUGAAGAGCGAAGCUUAACUCGAGCACUGGUGAGAGGAGAGGACUCGUCUGGUAACAGGUGUUCCUCUCUGCUUCUGAUGGUGGGUGAAACGGUCAGUGUUCAAGCACUCCUCGUAAAACAAGUGUCUGCUACACGUCCGGAGAGAUGAAAUUAUUUCAAGUGUAUGAAGAAGAUGGAACAGAAAA